AUGCAUGAGCUAUUCUGGACGGCCUACGAGCAGCUAUCGGAUCAGGGCCUGGCCGCCGCUGCGGUGACGCGUCUGUUUGACGACAAUGAAGGGCAGUAUCAGCAUCGCCCCAUGCGGCAAGUACAGCCGCAAACCGUCAGCAGGUACCUGAGUCUUGGGACAUGCCUGGUCCAAUUUUUGCUGCUGCUGGAGGCCAUGCCAGCCCCCGAUCCGUCCAGCUUUCUGGGCCAGGUGCUUGCCAGCCGCGGCCCUGCGGUAAUCGAUGCCACCGUGGCUCUGAGUGCGGGCCUGAACGCUGAAAUGACCAAGAAAGAGCUGGUCGAGCCCCUCACGUCCCUGUGGCUGGCCCUGGUGGAGGUGGAGCUGAGCCUCUUUGACAACGACAAGGUGCACUUUGUCAACGUCUUCCUAUUGUGCACGGCCGUGUCCAAAGGAAGCGGCAUCCUGCAAGACAUCAGGCAGUGGACCACGACGCCCGCUGGACUGCUGUACAUUUUCAAAUUGUUCCUGCUUCACCGUGGCAAGAAUGAGUCGUGGUCAGUGGCCAACGAGUUGAGGCCGUAUAUGCAGCCCGGGCGAUUGGUGCAUUUCUUGAGCCAGCGCAUGAGCAUGGCACGAACAGCGAGCAUGGCCGAGGGGCAGGCUGGAGUCGACGUCGAUAUCCGAGCCGAUGGCGACGUGACGGACGAGACGCUGCGCACCAUUGUCUGUCGAGGCAUUGAGCUCAAUGUGGAGGAGCUUGGGGCUGCGCUGGAGCAGAUGCGCAAAGACAUGACGGAAAUAUUGGACAAGCACCUCUUGCUCGACUCACGCCUGCGGAAAGAUUACGAGAAAGAAUAUGAGCGGCUGCGAUUGAAGGAGGAUCGGACCAACAGGGUCAAGAACUGGUGGGUGGGCCAUGGCAGUCCAGCCGAGAACGCGCUGUUUGAUCACAUUGGCCAGACCCCGAGUCUGCGGCAAGAGUUUAUCCAAACCGAGCAUGGGUCCAAUGGCGAGCUGACCUUUCGAGAGGACAGGGUGCGGGUAUGGCUCCUAUAUGUGCGCAGGUUCAACGAGCUAGCACUCACCUACACGCACAUUGCCGGAGAUGACCACGUACCUCGGCCAAAGCUGGGGGUGGCCACAUGGCGACACGCCGCAACCUUCUGGAUGACGACGUUUGUGAUUAACCGACUGUCGGCCGAGACGACCGGCGCCCUGGGUAGCCUGAUUCACACUCAAGCUCAAAACUCUGGGGACACGGCCCAGCGGGCCUAUGCACGCACAGCCAGUGACCAUGUGCAAACCAAAAUGUCGUCGCGACUGAUGCAUCAAGUGGCCUCGCAAAAAUGGCAUGCUUUGUUUGGACUAGAUCGCAAGCGCAGCAUAGCCGAGUUGACCGCGAACCAAGAAGCAUUGGAAGCUCGCUAUCCCAUCAGCUGGAACCCGGUGACUGACCUCUCGCCCGAGGCAAACGGGCGUAUCAUCAUGAACACGAGGGCCGAGCAUGACGUACCCUACAUGACCCAGCUGGCCAAGCAGGCGAGCAUCUCCUGGGGCCACAGUUUCAACAGCCAAGAACAGUUGGACCUGGCCGCGGCCAUUGACCAGCACCGGCCGGAAGAUGGAUGGCUGAUUGUUGUUGCACCGACAGGCAUGGGUAAAACAUUUUGUACCCUGCCCAAGCUGGGCUGUCGCCCGCAUGCCGAUGGCCUGGACGUGCUCAUCGUUACGACCGACAUGUUUGUCCGCGUGGGAUCUGAGUCCCUACACGGAAAGGUCUGCUUUCAGCACAUCCGCACCGUGGUGAUGGACGAGGCGCACACACUCAUCUCGGAUGCCAGCUACCGAGAUGUGAUGGACGAAGUCGCAGCCAGUGUGGGUUCUGGCGGAUGGACCAACAUCAAACGCGUGGCGUUGACGGGCACACUUUGCAUCGGGGACCAGGAGCAUCUGUUUCGAAAGCUGGGGCAGCAAGUGGGGGGCAAGGUGUACCGUCUGGAGACGAUGCGUCGCGAUCUGCAGCUGCGUGUGCUUCACGGAAACCAGCCAAACUUUUUAUCGCAUGUGCAAGCCAUUGUGGACACGCAGCGUAACAUGUGUCAGGCGAAUGGGAAGGCGU